AUGAUGAGGUGACAUGACACAGGUCCCGGGGAGGAGGACAGGUGUCUGUUUGGGCGGGGCGGAGGCAGCAGCUCAGGUGAGAGGAGCCACGCCCCCUGGAGACCAAACAAUCGUUGCUGCUGGCAGUCGGACUACUUUUCCCCAACUGUGAUCUGGACAGAGACACAGGAGCUGCUCUCAGGGAAUAUCGAUGAAUGGCAGCAGCUCUGCGCUUUUAUUCUCUGCAGUUUUAGAACAAGAACCAGAAUCCGUGUUUCAUUUGUAGCAGGAAAAAAAAAAACAGCGAUCGCGUUAGUCAUGGAGCCGCUGCACGAGUGGAGCUUUAAGCCAAAGAAACUGGAGCUGGAAGAGGACUUCUACUUUGACUAUGGAGCUGAGGAAAUAACAGAUUACCAGGACCCCUCUGAACUCCUGGCUGCUCUGAAACAAAAGGAGGAAGAGGUUAUUUUGGCAGCGCAGCUGGGAAACGCGUUGCUCCUGGAAAACCGUCAGCUGAAGGAGAAGAGCGACAAGCUUCAUGAGCAGUUCACAGACAGGCUGGAGGAGCUGGAGCAGGGGCGUCAUGAGCUGCGACUGAAGCUGGAGGGCUGCCAGUCCCAGUGGGAGAGCCAGGUGGGAGAGCUGGAGCGGGACGUGAGGGAGCUGAGCGCCCAGGUGGAGCAGCUGACCUGGGCGCUCAGCGAGGCCGAGAGGGACAAAGGUCGACUGCAGCUGGAGCACGGCGAGCAGACGCAGCGUCUCAGGGAGGAGCUCAGAACUGCGAUGGAGGUGGAGAGAGCCAUGUCCAGCGAGCUGCAGGCUCUGAAAGAGGAGCUCCAGCAGAAAGGAGGCCACAGCCGGCAGCAGGACGAGGAGCUGAUCAGCGCCAUGAAGGAGCAGGUGUUGAGACUCACACAGAAGGAGCAGGAGCUGGAGCGACGCUUGGAGAGUGUCAGUCAAGAAAACGCUGAGCUCAGAGCGAGUUUGGCCUCUUUACAGACACGUUUGGCCCAGCACGACCAACUCGACCAGCAGCACAGCCAGCAGCUUCGUGAAGCAUGGCAGGAGGUGGAGGUGGCACGGGGUCGUUCGCAGCAGCUUCAGGCUCAGGUGGAGGAGCUGCAGGAGGAGGUGUCCCUGCAGGACAGCAGGACCCACUUGGAUGCCUCCUUGUUAUCAGAGCUGGAGGCGGCAGACUGGGGCAUCAGCAAAGAACAGAUAACUGAAGAAAUGGGCUCCGUCCUACAGUUACUCCUCCCUCUGACCCGGGGUCUCAGCAGCUCAGAGGUCAAGGAUCAGCAGGACGACCUGCAGGCCUUGAUGCACCGACUGAAGGGAGCGGCCCAAUCUCUGUCACACGCAUCCAGUUCCCAGGGGGUGAAUCUGGCCUUUGUCGACGGGAUGGCUGAUCACUGUGGGAAUCUGAGCACGGCGCAGGAGCUGAGGGAUCAGAACAUCCAGCUGCAGCAGGAGAAUGCCACGUUGCUGCAGAAGCUGCAGAGCAUACAGGAUCAAAAGGACUUCGUCCAUCAGGCCAUCAGAGACCGGGAUGAAGCUAUCGCCAAGAAAACCCUGAUGGAGGCUGAAUUGGUGCGGAGCAAAAACGACAUGAUGUGUUUGAACAACCAGUUAUUAGACGCUAUCCAACGUAAGCUGGAGCUGUCCCAGGAGCUGGAGGCCUGGCAGGACGACAUCCAGAUCGUCAUCAACCAGCAGCUGAAGUCGCAGCAGCAGACGGAGCAGCCGCAGAAGAAGCCCACCUCCAACGGCCUGUCGUUCUUCCGACGACCCAGCAGGACGGCCUCCACCUGGACGCGCCAGCUCUCCCCUUCCUCCUCGUGGAGUUCAGACAGUAAUACGGACAAAGUGCAGGCCCCCUGGAGAGAAUGGCUAAGACUGGGGAAAGGGGCACAAUAUGGAAAAUAAUGUCCUACAGAGCCCCACGGACCGGCUGGUUGAAGGAACAUGAAGCAACGAGAUCAGAGAAUGUCACAAGUGAAGAGAACGGAGCCAUGAAGUCACCUCUGAGAGAUGAAGGACACAAACAAAGACUUUAUCGAUGGACAUUUGUAGCGCAACACAUUUCAGUGAAGGCUCAGCCUUCUUCAGAUCCAAGCUGUGACAACAUGGAAACACCUGCAUUCUCAUAAAACUGGCUAACAAAUUGUGAACAUGGUCUCUUAUUUUGUUUAUCAUAUAAAACUGUAUAAUAAUUACAGGACGCUUGUAAUUCAGUGGAAAGUUUUUGUUUAGGUUUAUUUAACUUGACGAUCAAACACUUAAUUUUCAGCUACGCUGAAUUUAUUUCCACUAAGUUGGAUGUAAAAGUUUAUGUUCUUUGAAGGUUGUGUUAAAAAGUUACUUUCUUCUGAGAUGUACAGUAAUGUAUUUUUUUAAAUAUAAUUUUCACUUUGUCUUUUAUUAAAAAAGUCAGUUUAUUUAUGUUUACUUGAAAUGUGUUAUGCUGCAGACAUGUCUGACUGUUCAGUUUCGAAGUCGCUCAGUCAUAAAUUGCGCUGUUUUCCUAAACUUUCUGACUUUGUUUUUGGCACAUUUUACAUUUUCAUAGCAUAUUAAGAAAAAGCCAUUAUUUUUUUAUUCUAACAAUUAAAAAAAGGACAAUUGAUCAGCUGACCUUCCGUUCAAACAAAAUAGGUCAAAGGUGACAUUAUUCUGGUUGGGAAUUGUUCUGGUUCUACUUUAAUUUAGUUUUGCAAAAAAAUAAUUCUGGGAAAAAUAUUAAAAACUCUCAUUACAGGCCUAAUGUGCAUACUAA